AUGACUGACAGCCCUCAAAACUCUCAAGUUGCCGCUGGUGCUGAAAGCUCCCAGACUGCUGCUACCCCUGUCUCUCAAAUGCCUGCUACACCUGUCUCUCAGAUGGCUGCCACACCUGUCCCUGAUUCUCUCACUGCUCCCUCUCACUGUACUUUACCAUCCCACAUGAGUUCCGGCGGAUUACGGCAGAAUCCGGUGGAGUGUUGGAAUUCCAUUCAGAAUCCACCAGAAUGGGGGAGGGAGGGUAUGGUGGGGAACAGUGUGAAAGCCAACUUGGUCAUGAUGUCAAAAACUGGCAAUGUCAUGUCAAUCCUUCAGCCAUAUCUCCACAUGAACUCAUAA